AGUGUGUCGAAUCUUCUCAGUGAAGUGUGAUUUACUAAGUGUCAUUCUCCAGGAGGAGUUAUUAUCAAGCACAGCAAUGAGUUUGCUUAUUCUUGGCGUCGUGGCUCUUGUGAGCACUGUGAAUGCUGGAGUGGUUCAAUUUGCCCCUGUUGCAGCUCCUGUACAAUCCCUCGCCUAUACCGCUGCCCCUGUAUCAGCAGCUUAUGCUGCUGCCCCUGUAGUGCCAGCUGCGUAUGCAGCUGCUCCUCUGGCUCGUGCCGUCUAUCAGCCUCAGUUUGUGGCUUCUAGGACAGCAGCUGCCUAUGUAGCUGCUGCUCCUGUUGCUGCUGCUGCUCCUCUAGUCGCUGCUCCUGCCCCCGUUGCUGCCAAAGUCGUUGCUGCAGCUCCAGCUCCUGUUGUAGCCCGCGCUGCUCCAGUUGUUGCUGCUGCCCCCGCUCCAGUUGUUGCCCGUACAGCUCCAGUCGUGGCCGCUGCGCCUGUUGUUGCACGUGCUGAAUUCGAUGAUGCUUAUCCUCAGUACCAGUAUGCCUACAAUGUCCAGGAUACCCUCACGGGAGACUCAAAGACGCAAGAGGAAACACGAGAGGGUGAAGUUGUAAGGGGAUCUUAUUCUCUGAUUGAACCUGAUGGUGCUCGACGUGUGGUUCAAUACUAUGCUGAUCCCGUCAAUGGAUUCAAUGCUGUUGUCCAGAGGGAUGUCCCUGUGGCAGCAGCGGCUCCUGUUGUGGCAGCUAAGACUGUUGUAGCCCCAGCUGCUCCCGCCAAAAUUGUAGCAGCCAAAGCUGUUGUAGCCUAAAAUGCACAAACUCACAAUUCUUGCUCUCAAGGAUCUUCCCAGACUGCCAGUCAAGCAAAUUUCUUCAUUGCAUACCAAACACUUCUCUUCCUGUUGAUUUUCUAAAAUAAAUAUUUUCUAGUGAA